GGAGAGGACAGUCCACAAGCAGUUCUAUACUGUCAUGCAGUGGGUGCCAGGAAGAAAAGAAUACUCGUCAGGGAUUGAGGGUGGGGCAGGGUGUCGAUGCCACUUCAAACAGUGAGCAGAGAGAACUGCUUAGGGGAGGGAAGUUCAAGGAGGCGGAGUGGAGGCAGGUGAGCUGCUUGGCUAUUUGGUUUUAAUGGCAACUUCUGGUCUAGGAACAGAGUCGAUGUGUAUGAUUACAGUCCUCCUCUGCUCAAAACCCUCCUAAGGCUCCGGUCUCAGGAAAACCAAAAGACCUUAAAGUGAUCAAAAGAUUGCUUGGAUCUGCCCCCAUAUUUUCACUGAACUCAAUCUCCAACCCAUAUUGCCUCUCCCUUUCCUUGUAAUUCCUCAAUGCCCAGGCCCACUGGCUGGCUUCCUUCCCUCCAGCCUCAGCUCCACCAUGCCCUUUCCCAUCAUAGGGAAGAAAAUUGAAUCUCUCAACCCCAGUAACCCUCUCCGCCUUUCCAGCUUUCUUUUGCUCCAUGGCACUGGUCAUCAUGAAGGGCCAUCUAUAUUUUACGUAAUUAUGUUUAUAGUGUCUUCCCCCACCGUCUAAAUUCCGUGCAAACAAAGAUUAUCUUCUGUUUAUUCCCUCCUGUAUUCUCAGUGCUUCAAACAGAGCCUGGCGCACAGGAGGCACUCAGUGAAUGCUUGCAAAAUGAAUUUUUAUUGUAAUGCAUUUAAUGAAAUAGCCCAGAUUACUAUCAGACACCUAAUAAGAAAUGUGACCCACUAUUUUCUCGCUUGGGGGUGUGUGUGGGCAUGCCGUGCCUCAGUUUCACCCGCCCUAAAAUGGCAUCAGGGACAGCUGUUUCAAUGCCUUGUGGGAACUCGGUGUGAUUAAAUUUGGUCACUAAGCCAAACGCACGGGGCACUGCCUAGAUUGAGUUAGGCCGCCGUCAGGGCCCCAGCAGGGCGGCUCGGUCCCCUCCCAUCAGCCCCGCCCUGGUAGGCGGAGCCACGGGCCCGGCCAGCACGUGUAAGAGUUCGCGGCGGGUCGCCGCAGUCACUCACCUGAGCGCGCACGGUCCGCGCGUCCUCCGCUCGUGCGUCCUCCGCCCGCCCGCCUGCCCGCUCGCCCGCUCGCUCGCCCGGCCCGCGACUCAUGUCCCGCCGCAAGGCCGGCAGCGCGCCCCGCCGAGUAGAGCCCGCGCCCGCCGCCAACCCAGACGACGAGAUGGAAAUGCAGGACCUCGUCAUCGAACUCAAGCCCGAGCCAGACGCGCAGCCCCAACAGGCCCCAAGGCUGGGGCCCUUCUCCCCGAAGGAGGUGUCCUCGGCGGGGCGGUUCGGCGGCGAACCACACCACUCCCCUGGCCCCAUGCCCGCCGGGGCCGCCCUCCUCGCCCUCGGCGCGAGGAACCCGUGGACCCUGUGGACGCCGUUGACCCCGAACCUUCCCGACCGCCAGCCCUGGACCGACAAACACCCAGAUCUGUUGACCUGCGGCCGCUGCCUGCAGACCUUCCCGUUGGAGGCCAUCACUGCCUUCAUGGACCACAAGAAGCUGGGCUGUCAGCUCUUCAGAGGCCCCAGCCGCGGCCAGGGCUCAGAACGAGAGGAGCUGAAGGCCUUGAGCUGCCUGCGCUGUGGCAAACAGUUCACAGUGGCCUGGAAGCUGCUGCGUCACGCCCAGUGGGACCACGGACUGUCCAUCUACCAGACAGAAUCAGAGGCCCCGGAGGCCCCGCUCCUGGGCCUGGCCGAGGUGGCCGCAGCCGUGUCAGCAGUGGUGGGGCAAGCAGCUGAGGCCAAGAGCCCCCGUGCAAGUGGCAGCGGCCUCACCCGGCGGAGCCCCACCUGUCCUGUGUGCAAGAAGACCCUCAGCUCCUUCAGCAACCUCAAAGUGCACAUGCGCUCGCACACAGGUGAGCGGCCCUAUGCUUGCGACCAGUGUCCCUACGCCUGCGCCCAGAGCAGCAAGCUCAACCGCCACAAGAAGACCCACCGGCAGGUGCCGCCCCAGAGCCCCCUCAUGGCCGACACCAGCCAGGAGCAGGCCUCUGCGGCCCCUCCGGAGCCGGCUGUCCAUGCUGCUGCCCCCACCAGCACGCUCCCAUGCAGCGGUGGUGAGGGGGCUGGAGCCGCUGCCACAGCGGGUAUCCAGGAACCCGGGGCUCCUGGCAGUGGGGCUCAAGCCGGCCCUGGUGGAGACACUUGGGGAGCCAUCACCACGGAACAGAGAACUGACCCUGCAAACAGCCAGAAGGCAUCACCCAAAAAGAUGCCCAAGUCAGGGGGCAAGAGCCGCGGGCCCGGGGGCAGCUGUGAGUUCUGCGGGAAGCAUUUUACCAACAGCAGCAACCUGACGGUGCACCGGCGCUCACACACCGGGGAGCGCCCCUACACCUGUGAGUUCUGCAACUACGCCUGCGCCCAGAGCAGUAAGCUCAACCGCCACCGCCGCAUGCACGGCAUGACGCCUGGCAGCACCCGCUUCGAGUGCCCCCACUGUCAUGUGCCCUUCGGCCUGCGAGCCACCCUGGACAAACACCUGCGGCAGAAGCACCCUGAGGCGGCCGGCGAGGCCUGAGCCCAGGAAAGCCCCCCUCACUAUCCCUGGUACCGCUGCCAACACCGUUGACCACCUUGUUUUUGCCCCACUUCUCCAAGUAAAUUUCCCCUUUUAUUUACA